AUGCGUUACAUGUGGCCAGUGAAAGUGUGGAACAACGUGAGCAACAUCUGGAGUAUUUACAUCCGCGUGCGUCACAACGCGUGGCCAGUGAAAGAUCUACAACAGCAUGCGUUACAACAUGUGGCCAGUGAAAGUGUGGAACGAUGUGAGCAACAUCUGGAAGAUUUACGCCAGCGUGCGUUACAAUGUGUGGCCACUGAAAGCGUAGAACGACGUGAGCAACGUCUGAAAGGUCUACGCCAGUGUGCGUCACAACGUCUGAAAGACCUACGCCAGUGUGCGUCACAACGUAUGGCCAGUGAAAGCGUAGAACGACGUGAGCAACGUCUGAAAGAUCUACGCCUGCGUGCGUCACAACGUGUGGCCAGUGAAAGCGUAGAACAACGUGAACAACGUCUGGAAAAUCUACGCCGGCGUGCGACACAACAUGUGAAGAAUUUUGCAGAAAAGUAA